UUAAUAUCUGGUUAGUUCAGAUUUGGACAUAAAUUACAAAAUCGGAAUGCCGCAGUCUUGAAACUGACACUUUUAACAACUUCCGUCUUCACGCGGAGGUAGCCACCCUCAACUGCCCCCAAAAUGUCGGCCAUUUCGCCGCCCCAAUCCGUUCCAUCAUUCUCGUCCAAAUCGCCCAGCAAAACCCUAACCCCAGCCCCCAAUUCCACCCGCCCCUUUAACAGGAUUCACUGCGAGCUCAAGAAAGCUUCCGCUGCUCCUCAGAAAUGGACAAUUGAUUGCGUCUCUUCAACAGACCCAAUUCACAUCAUCCUCAAACCCCCGAAUUCGGCCUUACUCCCUUCGCCUAUGGAUUCGCCGCUCAAGAAUUCUAAGAGGGUUUGCCUCUUUUACUGCUCCGAGAUGAGGGACCUCGCUGAGAGAAUUGCUUCCGAGUCCGACGCAAUUGAGCUUCGCAGCAUUACUUGGAGGACAUUUGCAGAUGGAUUUCCAAAUUUGUUCAUAUCCAAUGCUCAAGGAGUUCGUGGACAGCAUGUAGCCUUCCUUGCUUCGUUCAGCUCUCCUGGGGUUAUUUUCGAGCAAUUGUCGAUCAUCUAUGCUCUGCCGAGACUAUUUGUCUCAUCAUUUACACUCAUUCUGCCAUUUUUCCCUACGGGCACUUCUGAGAGAAUGGAGGAUGAAGGAGAUGUUGCAACAGCAUUCACGCUUGCGAGGAUCUUGUCCAAUAUUCCUAUAUCCAUGGGUGGACCUGCCAGUUUAGUGAUUUUCGAUAUCCAUGCUUUACAGGAGAGAUUUUACUUUGGUGAUAAUGUUUUACCCUGCUUCGAAAGUGGUAUACCAUUGCUCCUGAAUAGGCUACAAUCGCUUCCUGACUCUGAUAAUAUAACAAUAGCCUUUCCUGAUGAUGGUGCAUGGAAACGGUUUCACAAGCAGCUGCAGCACUUCCCAAUGAUGUCUGGCAUACUUGCAAAGCUGGAUUCUGUCUAUUCAAUCAAUUCCAAUGGAGCUAUUAUUUUUCAUGUUUAUCUUACAAAGCUGAAGUUGUGUGGCAUACCUGCUCUUUGGGUUGUUUGUGCUAAAGUAAGAGAAGGUGAUCAACGAAUUGUAAGAAUCAAGGAGGGUGACCCGAAGGGACGUCAUGUUGUGAUAGUGGAUGACCUUGUCCAGUCUGGUGGCACGCUGAUAGAGUGUCAGAAAGUGUUGGCCAAACAUGGAGCUACCAAAAUAAGUGCUUACGUGACGCAUGGAAUCUUUCCAAAUAAGUCAUGGCAACGGUUUAACCAUGACAAAGGAGGUAACCCCGAGAAUGGGAUGACUUACUUUUGGAUCACAGACUCAUGCCCGGAGACGGUGAAGCAGGUAAAGAACAAGCCCCCGUUCGAGGUAAUAAGUCUUGCAGCUGCAAUAGCGUCUGCACUCCAUAUUUAGGAGUGGUGUGAGGUCACAUUUUCCUACAAGAAUCUCUUCACUGCGUCUUAGUUAUAGAGAUUUGACCGAAAGGUAAGUUGGCGAAGCUGUCACGUGUAAUAGUUCCCAAAAACAUGUUUCUAGUUUUGUUCUAUUUAUGUGUAGGAUAAUUUUGAGAAUUCGAUGUCUUAAUAAUGAAUAAAAGGGUGCAGGUUGUUGUUUUC